AUGUUUAGUGCACUUACUUUCAGUCUGGCUGGCUAUCUUUCCGUCUGGCGGCCUCUUUACGAAUGCAUACCGUUGCUCUCUCCAAGAUACCUCAUUUUGAUCGAUGAGACUUAUCGAUCGAUAGCCAUAAUUAGUGCAGCUUGUGAUUUGCGCCUGACUCAACAUAGGGUGGCAUCGGGAAACGGCAAUGUGUCAUUUCGAUUCUGGUUAGGCAAUUUACGCGACGGGAUUUUGUCUUGGGUCAAUUUUAGAUUAUCUAUCUAUCUAUCUAUCUAUCUAUCUAUCUAUCUAUCUAUCUGUUUUAUUCUUUAUAUCUAUCUACCAAUCUAUCUCAGUCUUUCUGGCUGGCUGUCUAUCAAUCUGUUUAUUCUUUAUAUCUAUCUAUCUAUCUAUCUAUCUAUCUAUCUAUGUAUGUAUCUAUCUAUCUAUCUAUCUCAGUCUCUCUCCCUGUCUAUCUAUCAAUCUGUUUAA